CAAUAUAAAUGUUUUGUAUAAAAAUACUUAACGUAGGUAUGUAAAUACAUUAUUGUUUUGUAAGUAUUUUAUUUCCAUAUUUUAUGUUCGCAUUAAGUGUUAUUAUCAUGAUUUUUUUGUCAAUCAACAUCAAUCAUAAUUUCUUAGGAAAAACAUUAAUUAUCGUGUACCUCUACUACAAAUUACAAAUUUAAAUUUGCCGUAACAUAGCAACAAUUAGCAAACAAAAAAAAAAUCUAAAUAUUAAAACUCCACUAUGCCGUAUACACCUUAACUAAAAAAUGAAACAAACUGAAGUCAUAGCGGUACUGUCGGUCGAGUCGGACGAAGUUCGAUUCACAGUGGUAUCGACCAGGGACGGCAGCGAAGUGGUCACAUCUGCAGAGACGUUUCCGUUAAUAACCGCACAGUCGAAAGACCGGAAAGGCGGCAGAAAUGUUGAAAGCUCAGAUCAGCAAUCUGUGGCGGCGGUGUCAUCAUGCGUCGUGGGGACACCCACGCCGGCCACCGACGCGGUAACCGAUGGGGGUGUGAGCUGUACUGCAGAGAAGGAGUCGCCGAUGAGUCAGGGCAACGUAGAACAGGACCCGGACGUUGUUUGGGAAGCUGUGCUGCGGGUGAUCGGCGACGCGUUGGACAAGAUGUAUCGGGACGGCAUUCCGAUCACGUACAUUAAGUCAGUAGCCAUCAUCAACGAGAUGGCCACGUUGGUAGCGUGGAACGCGGUCACUGGCAAAGCGGUGCACAACUUCAUUCACUGGACGGACGUUCGGAUGACCGAAGGCGGGACGGCCGCGGCCGUGAAAUGGUUGCUCCAGCGGUCGUUGGCCGUGCGGUGCACCGCGGACGACUGCCGGUUUGGCCCACUAGACGCGUGGCUGACGUGGAAGCUGACGCGCGGCCACACUUACCAAACGGACGUGACGAACGCGUCGUACACUGGGCUGCUGGAUCUGGCCACGCUGCGCUGGGACUUCGACGCCAUGCGGUCCCACGGUCUGACACCCGCUGCUUGGCCCACGAUCCGCAGGCUGGACAAACGCUCGGCGUCGGUGAUCAUUGAUGGCCCCCUUUACGGGCUAUCCAUUCACGUGACGAUGGCCCGUCCCAGCGCCAUGCUAUACGCACAGGCGUGCUACCGCCGCGGGCAGGUGGCCGUCACGCUGACAGACCGGACGGCUGUGGUGCUGGGCGCGUACGACCAUGGCCCGCCACGCUUGCAACCAACCUUAGGGCCAUGGCCCGUAGUCGGCUAUUGCGAGCCAAACAUGGCUGACCGGAAACGUCCGAAAAUCGUGUAUGGCUUGCUGGCAGUGUCCAGGGCUAGCGCCGUCGUGUGCUGGCUGAAGAAUAUGGGCCUGACCAAGUCGUGGGACGAUUGCAUCAACACCUAUGCUUUGGGAAGGUCGACAAUGACCGAACACCAAGCGUACAUGGUGCCGGCGUUCGGUGGCCUGCCGUCGGCGCCGUACGGACGGUCGGACGCGCGCCCUGUGGUUUGUGGCAUCAGUGGCAACACCGGGCGCGUACACUUGAUCGCCGCGGCCGUCGACUCGAUCUGCCACAGCGUCAACGACAUUGUCCGGUGCGUGGUGGCCUGUUCGUCGUCAAAACGCGCCGACCCCGUGUACGUGGACGGGCAGUGUGCGGAGCUGGGCGGCCUGAUGCAGCGGUUGGCAGACGUGUCUGGCAGUCGGUUAGCGGUGAAACGGUUGGACAUGGCCGUCAGCGGCGCGGCACGAAUGGCCGCGGCUGCGAUAAACGUCGAUUACGCGGACCGACUUGAGGCCGUUGACUACGAGCCGACUUCCACCGACGGACAGCGGUUGGCGUGGGACGGUCAGUGGGCGAAGGCGGUGCGCAGGAGUUACGGCUGGGUGGCCGUGGACGGCCGCGAGUUGGACGACCGGUACGCGGAGGCCCGCGCAGACAAGCAGGCCGGCUACUUCGGCGUUUCACAGUUGGCCAAUAUACUUCGCCGCGUUGGUUUUUGGUACAACAGGAAGGUGUAUGAUCUCCUCUACGCCUUGCGUAACUAUUUGACGCACAACACACCACCGCACGCCGUGAACACCGAUAGCUCACCCGGAACGCAUGAUACCACGUCAUGUAAAAUGUAAAUCCACGUGAACGUUUUAGACUUGCAAGAACAACGUUUUAAUAAUAUUUUAAUUUAUUUUAUCGCACGCUAUGACUGCGAUUUUGCGAUUCCGCGUAUUUGUCUAGCUCAAUACGACUCUUUCAGCUUCAUCCAGACAAUUUUGGUUUUAGAGCCACAGUUAAUAAGAGGUCAAAAUGACUUAAGACAAUUUGGUAUUGAAAACGAAAGAACACACUAGUACACUACAGUCUACAAUAUACUAAAAGAACUGAAAAUUUUAAAAACAUAAAAAAA